AGAAAGAACGAGAACUGUGCUGUGGAAAAGCAGGUGUGAUUCAUGAAUAAACUAUAGUUUGCAACCUUAUGGGAUACUGAUGAAACAAAUAGAAUUUUCACAGACAUGGAUAAUACAAGAACACAAGACACUUUUUCACAGUUAAGCCAGGAAAAAAUCCUCAAAAUUAUGAACAUGGUGAAAAAUAAAGAAGUGAGCAUUGAAGGAGCUUUGCAUUUGGCACAGAAAGAGGUGUAUGCUGAAAAGGAUUCACAGGAUUUGCUAACCAGUUCACAAUUUAACUUCAUUAUCUACAAAUACAAACACUAUCGGUGGCAGAAACGAAUUUUGCAGAUUGAUUUCAACACAAAGACCAUUUUUAACAUUGAAAAAGGAAUUAUUAAGAAACAGUUCCCUUUCUCACAAGUCAAAGCCUAUGAAGAUACUGAAAGGAGGCGCUUCAGCAUUGUGUUUCAUGGGCGACAAGAUUAUGAGCUGGAAGCAGUGUCUCUUGAUGAUAAAAGGAAGAUAACAUACCUUCUGAGCAGAGUUAUACAGAGCAAUUUGUACAGGAGACCAGCAGAGUCCUGCUCUGGAAGACCCGCAGAAUAUGAUGUGAUACAUGAAGGACUGCUAGAUUUGCAGCAAAAGACUUUUACAUCCACUGAAUGGGUGAAGUACUUGGUACAACUACGUGAAGGAGAAUUGACUUUAUAUUGCAUAGGUCUGGGAGGACAGAACAAGAAUGCAGACCCUAUAACAAAUACAAUUAAUUUGUCAAGCGAUAAUGUGAGUGUCAGCAAGGAGAAUGGAUGCAGUACCUUUUCAGUCCAGACCAAAGAACACAAUUAUUUGUUUCGAAUACCCUUUACUGUCCAAAAUAACAGGACAGAGGAUGUUAGCAAGCUCCAGAAUGAAUGGGUGUCUCUCAUAGAAAGGUACUGUCCACUCUGCAAGGGUGCCUCACUGCCUCAGGAGGGAUCUCAAGGAUGCAUCUCCUCUGAAGGGGAUUAUGAGGAUUUUACUGUACCUCUGAAUGAACAGAAAGAGAAGGCCCUCCACUUUGGUGGGAGUUCUGCAGCAACCAGUCUGAACAAGUCUUCAAGCCCCCAGACAAAACCUGCAGAGGGGGAAGCAGCCACAGCAUCACCAUCUCUUCUGCUUCCCAUAAGUAAGGCAGAGGUACCACCAGCCCCACCUGCGUUCCUGCAGCCCUGCAGUCUCUCUUCAUUGACAAGGAGAACCAAAGCCUUUCACUGGGAUGUUGUUCCUUGCGAUAAGAUUCCAAAAUCUGUCUGGGGAUCAUGUGACCCAUGCAAGAAAAAAAUAGAUGUAUCCAGACUCUGUGAUCAGUUCCAGAUCCAGGACAUGGCAGUAUUUUCAGGCAACGAAGCUUCAGUGAAUCAACACAUCAUGUUAGAUCGAAAAGUUGCACAUAACUUCAAUAUUUUUCUUAAAAGUUUCCAUAUAAAACCAAGCGAGCUGAAAGAAAAACUGUAUAUUAUACAUGAAGAGAGUGGUGGACUUACAGAUGAACAGAUUACAGCACUAAGAAGAUACAUGCCAACACCAAAAGAUGCAGAAAGGUACCAGUCAUUCAAGGGGUCUCCUUCAGACCUGCAUGUGGUUGAUCAAUUUAUGUUAGAGAUGUGUAAAAUCCCCCACCUAGGCCAGAGGCUGGACCUCCUGCUUACCAUACGUGAGCUCCCUGUGAGCAUGAGAGAUUUGGAGCCUCUAAUAAACCAGAAAAUCCAAGCGAGUAAGCAGCUGCAAUCCAGCCAGAAAUUUGUCGCUGUCUUGGAGUACAUUUUAGCCAUUGGGAACCAUUUAAAUGAAAAGGCUGGAAAAGAGAAGGCUAAAGGAUUUCGAUUGUCGUCUUUGACCAAAUUACCUCUGUUGCGGGGUAAAGAGAGGACAUUCACCUUGCUUCACGCCCUUGUGGAACAGAUCUUCUUACAUGAGCCUGAUCUGGCCAAAUUUUCUCAGGAGUUGACAGAAUUUGAAGCUGUUCCUGAUGCUUCCAUGAAGGGCCUCAGUGCUGAAGUUGAUGUUUUAAAAAAAGAAUUGGAAAACGUUAUUCAGUGCAGGCGGCUUAUUAAACCCAAGACAAUCAAGGCAACACCCCAGGAGUCACAGUUCUGCAAAGAACUAAAGGAUUUAAUUCAGAAAUAUGAAGGGGAUCUAUCCCAGCUGUCAAAAAGAUGUGAUGAAAUGAAGAAGCUUUAUAGCAACAUACUGGUGAAAUUUGGGGAGCCGCAAGACCUAGACUCUCAGGAACUAUUUGGGUGGAUAUCUUCAUUCAUUAGUGAGUUUAGGAAGGCCUGUGCUGAAGUCAUGCCAUAAGGACAACACAAAUCUUAUAAAGAGGUGAGGGAAGGAGAAGUCCAGGAAACAAUGUUGAAGUUAAUUGGUUUGAAAGUUUCGCUACUAGUAAGUAGCACAUAGACAGUAUAUAGUCUGUAAAGCAGACUUGAUUUUGAGAGAGAUUCAAUUUAUAAUGUGUGAUUUGUAAGUGGUAUUUGACCUGUAGGAUCACAGAUCACCUACAAGUCUCUCCCUCAUUUUUUCUGAUGUACGUGCUUUUGUACCUUGAGAUGCCUGCGUAUUUAGAAAGGAGACACUCUUGACACUUUAUAAUUUCUCUUUUUAAUCUUUUCCUUUGAUACCCAGCCUUCUGACUGAGUUUUAACUAUUACUUUCAAUGAAUAAGUUCCUGUAUGGUGAUCUAAUUUUUAAUUAUUUUUGCUGUACUUUUCAAAAUAAUACUUUACAAGAUUUAUAAUGAAAUGUGGCGCUGUUACCCACAGAGGAGACUAUUUAGCAAAAAUUCUUGUUUGUCUUUCUGCUAUUAAAGUGUUGCAGCCUUAGUAUGCAAUGGAGAAAGUGUCUGGUUGGGUGAUUGUUGGGGUUUUUUUCCCCCCAAAGUACUAGAAUAAAAUAGUGCUUUUUAUGGCUAAUGUCAUGUAUUCAGGUAAAAUAGAAGUCAAUCAAUAUGUGAGAUUUGUGUUGGCAGGAAGAGAAAAAUAUCAGAGAAGCAAAAUAAAAAUGUGUCAUGAGGCAUCUAAGUAAUGGAUACUGGAGGUAAUUUUCCAUCGUUUUCAAAAGAGAAAAUACUUCUGUUGCAUUUGUUGGCUUUUACAUAUUUUUAAUUAGAAUAAUUAUCUGGAGCUCAAAUAUACGAGAAGAAAAGGGGGCCUAUAAAUGCAAAGGCAAAAUGGAUGUGUUUAACACUGAAAGCAGAAAAUAGUUCUAAAAGGUCAUUGAUAAAAUUUGGCAUUUUCUCUAUGAGUUUUGCAAACAGUGUUGUUUGAGGAAAAGUGUAUUCAUUACCUGACUGACUUUAGGUCUGACUGCCCAGGUCUCGCAGUGUUUGGGCUUUGAUAGCAAUGCUGAACACUCUCACUGACUUCAGUGCUAAAAGGAGUUAAGGCUAACCCCUCUGAAAGGCUUAGAUGCACUUACAUCAAAAAAUUACAUUAUCACGACCCUCUCUCAGCUGGCAUAUAAAAUUUCUCUAUAUCCAGCGUUUCAUUUGCUGUUCUAGAUGCAACCACUGCUGAACAUGUAGGUAUUUAGAGAAAGGUCCAGUAAAGAGCCUGGGCACCCACCAGCUAGGUGCUGCAAUAUGUAGACUUUUAGUGCUGGUCAUGUCAGACAGUAAAGAACAAUCACCAGGAAUACAGAGACACUUGGACACUGUCUGGAAAGGGGAGACAAAAGAAGCCCAAGAUUUUUUUCUUGUCUUGGCCUCAGUAUUUUAAAGGGCAUUGCAGGCUGCAGUUCCUGGGAGCUUACAGCUUCUGAUGUGCCAUGACUGGCAGCACACCCCUAUGUGAAAGGGCAGAAAAGUGUUCCUGCAGCUAAUGCGCCCAUCACCAAAGGCAAGUGCUUCAUUUCACAUCAACCUUGACAAAUCUGCUUAGGGAAGGGGAUGCACCCUUGCCCUCCAUGGCUGCUCCUGUUUGGAAGCCGAAUCUGCUCCCCAGGGCAGGUGCACACAACUUCUGUUUCAAAGAAGUGAGCAGGAAUCAUAAGUGCUCUUUCAAAAUGGUAGUUCCCACCUCUAUUUUGAGGAGUCCCCAAGGAAGUGGAAUGCUGCCCUGAAGGAUUCAAAUCCUUAUAAUCCUCCUCUUAAAGGAAUGCUCUGGCCCAAAGGUGUGCUGAGCAGCAUCUCAUUCCUGACCAGUGAGCGAUAACUCCAAGGAAACGCCUUCAACAGGAGGCAUCAGGUGUUAAGCAAGUGCACCGAUGAGCAAAGAAACAACUGCUCUUCCAGCUUUGUGAGAAGCAAACCUGGCACCAGCCGUGAAUGCCAAUGGGCCUCACUGCUUAACUUCUCUGCCUUAAAUCCACCCCUCAUCUUAGAGGAUGCCUAGAAAGAUCUUUGAGGAAGAGCCUCACAGACUAUGUAUUUAGGAUGCUUAAUAUCCUGUUCCAGGCACCUACCUAUCAUAUAUAGAAACUGUCUCGCGUGAGGUAGAGGAUGCCUGAACUAGAGCUCUGCAUUGCAGCAGCAGCAAAGUACCCAGUGGGUCCCCUCAGGUUUGUACCGCCAGCGUCGCUGCCAUCUCUUGCAUAUCUGCACUAACAAAGUGCAUCAUUUUGGCUUCUCAACAGUCUUGUCAGGACUGUGCUUCCAGUUAGAACAUGCAGUCAUGUUUCUCAGAGGCAAAAGGAAUAAAAUAGAAAACAAAUAGCAAAAGUAGUACCCCUGAUACUUAUUUUACAGAAGAUUAUUUACAGAAGCAAAUAAAGGCAUUUAAUUUUACAGAAAACAUAUUGGCUGUAUUUGCCUCAAGUCAGCAUCAGAGCAGUGACAUCUGGUUGACCCUGAAGUCAGUGGCAUCUAUCUAUGAACCAGGAGCUACAGCUUACACCACUCAUUUCUGAUUGAAAGAGGAAAAUUAAAAUCUUUUUUAAUUUCUUGCAUCUCUAUACCACAAUGCCCUAUACAGUGCAUGUAUGUGCAUCAUAAACAACACUUGCAGAUUUUGAUGUGUAUUGUUACUGCUCCAAAAUCUGAACCAUCUUCAUUUAUAUGUGAAUCAUGUAAGAUAAUCCUGAAUACAAGUGCCAUUUCCAUGGUAUCAAGAUCCCUGCAUCCCUGAACAGCAUUCGUGAUGGUCAUGAUAAGUUUCAUGUUUUUCUACCAUUACCUUAGCUUAGGAGUCAUGGGAAGUCUCUUUUAACUAAAUAGAUUUUUCCCUUUUUUUUCAUGACUCACUUUUUUUUCCUAGUCUUUUUUCUCUAUUAUUAUAUCUAACAGCUUGUACUUGUUUUAUAGCUCAGCUGGCAUGGCCUCUUCCAAUUAAAAAUAUAUUCUACACAGUAGUCGAUAUCUGUGUCUUUGUGUGAAUAUCCUGGAGCAUUUAAUUUAAAAAAUUAAUGUCCAAAUGAAGGUUCGAGCCCCUUCAGAGAGCAUGAAGUUUUCCUAUGGAGUUGGAGCUUACUGAGGUGACAUCUUUCAAUUUUCUCAAACAAGCUAUUUCUUCAGUGCUUGUGAGUUUCAGUGACCUCCUGAUUUAUAUGUAAAAAUAAAUAAAUAG